CAAAGGUACGUUUGGGCGAAACUGAAACAGGUUCAAUUGUAGCAUUCUUCAAUGUACCACGAUGGCCGACGAGAACGAUGGCGAAUUGGAGGUAUCAAGCAUCGUAGAAGUGUCAUCAGACGAAGCAAUUCCUUAUGCCGCUAUUUUGGAAUCACAUAUGGAAAUCGGGAAUCGCGAGCUACGGCCUCCCCUCGAACCGGAGGUACCAAGCACUGAUGCGGAAGAGUCAGCAAAUGAAGCAGAUCCUGAAGCCGCUAUUUCGGGAUCACCUCUCGUGGAUAGGGAUAUCGAGACUCCAGAGCCCCGCGAACGGCCUUCCCUCGAUUCUGAGGUAUCAAGCAUUGACGCAGAAGAGCCGGCAAAUGAAGCAGAUCCUGAGGCCGUUAUUUUGGCACCACCUACCAUGAAUAUGGAGAUCGAGACUCGCGAGCCCCUUGAACCUGAGGUAUCAAGCAUUGACCCAGAAGAGCCAGCAAACGAUGCUGGUCCUGAGGCCGCUUUUUCGGGUUCACCUCCCCCAGCAGAUAUGGAGCUCAUUCUGGCUCGAAUGGAGGAUAACCGCAUAUUAGCUUCGGUGGUGUUGCUUAAUCGUAUUGAGAAUUCAGCUUUAUAUAAUGCACUAGAGUCAACAGAAGAAGAGCCGACCGAGGAAAUCGUGACGGUGGAGCUUUCCGAUAGCAGCCCAUCAAAUCGCACAAGUCCGCUUACGACACCCCGAAGAAAGAAACGAAAAAGAACCGUGACCCCGAAACAAACGGAGCCGUCGGCUGCCGCGAAAGGAAUGUCUGACGACGAAGACAAUGGGUUGCAGUGCUCGAUCUGUCUCGACGAAUGGACGACAUCGGGCGAGCACCGCGUGGUGUCGCUGAGGUGUGGUCAUCUGUUCGGCCAGUCGUGCAUCACCCGGUGGCUCCAGAGCAAUGUGGGCCCCCAUCGGUGUUGCGCCACGUGCAAAACGAGAGCUUCCGUGCGUGACUUCCGUCCCAUCUACGCCAAAGCUGUCCGAGCGUUAGACACGACACGCGAAGAGCAACUAAAGGUGGACCUGAAGAUCGAGCGAGACAGGGUGGCCGAAUUACACAUGAAGCUCACGGCAGUCACUGUGCAACUGGCCAACCAGCGCCAUCUGGCCGCACAGUACAAAGUGAAGCUCGAUGAGAUGAGCACUGCGGGUGAAAAUCCCGUCGUGGUGUUGAACUCGACCGUGCGACCGACGGUUUACAUGCUCAACAUGGACAAGAAUAUCGAAAUCAGCUCAGAGCCGGGCUGUCGCGUGAUGGCGUACGCAGCCGGGCCUCAAAUUUUGUUGAUUUCGCUAAAGUCUACCCAAGUUCUGUUCCCGGGGUAUGCGGUGCGCAUGUUGCGGGCCCCCGACUAUAAUGCAAUCGGCACAGUGUUCGUUUCUUCGCAAUCGAUUCGGGACAUCGCGGUAGAUGCUGCGGAUGCUCUGUUUGCUUGCGCUACGAUGGAGAAAACGGUCAAGAUAUUUUCCAUUGCCCAGCGUAACAUAAAACUCACGAUCACUCCUAAUACGGAAGAGGCCGUGUGGUCGUGUUCCUUCGAUAAGGAGCGGCCCACGUGUCUGUACCUCGGUUCAGUUCACGGCGCGGUGUACGUGUACGAUAUUCGUCAGCCGGAACAGUGCCUGAUGCAGUUCGCCGUGGGCCACGCGCACAAUGACGUCACGGCCGUUAUUAGAAUUUGUCCGGUCGAUCCGACGCCCACCAUACCACUGGGGGGCUUUCUCGUCUGCAAGCUCAAGUCGCUGUGGUUCUUCGAAUACACCUCCAUGGGGCAUGUCAAUGAGAAUCGGCUCAACCUCGAGGGACCAUUCUGGUCGAUGAACUACAAUGCGGUCAGCCGGUUUAUUCUCGUCACGCAGCGUAUCACACGUACCGGCCAGCGGACAACGCACGUGCUGGGGACGCUCGAGCAACUGCGAGGUAUCUUUUCCUUCAAUGUGCAUUACAAGUUCGAAGGGUCACAAGUGCAGACAACGAUGCUACGCAAUGCCCAGCUACUGACGCCCAAUGGUGAGGAUACACUAGUGGCGUCCUUCCUGGAGGACGACCGUGCGCUGGGCACUUGGAGCACCAGCUGCGGAUCUCGCCCGAUUCAGAAGCUAGAGAUGGGCGAUACCGUACUGGACAUUUGCCCGGUCAAGUUCAUGCCUAACCAAAUGCACGUGGCCACUCUGUGCAGUCGCCGUUGUCGGAUUUAUUGCCUCCGAAUUGCAAAAUGACAUGGGGCCUCGCGAUGCUAACUUUGUAAGGACACGCAUUUUAUUUGCAUUCGCCAUCCGAAACUGAUCGAUGCCGGUUGCUAGUUUUGGCGCGUCGUCAGCGAGAUAUUCUUAAAACAACCGUAC